AUGUUUACCUCUCAAAGGAGUUGGCUGAAAAUUUGUAUUGUUUUCAGUAUCCAGUUCGUCCCAAUCACAUGUCCUAUGAUGACUUUGAAUACACAUCAGCUCGGAUCAAACCUAAACAGAAAAAGUUGGAGCUUGAACUGUUUCUGGACACUCAGAGUGAUCACUAUGCCAAAAGUAAAGGAGAACAAAUUGCUCUUAAUGUAGAUGGAAUGAACAGCACUGAGAAUAGAUCUUUCAUGAGUAAUAAGAUGGACCGCCAGAUGCUGACUUCGACCAACUCGCUGGAUUCCAUGGCUAAAUAUGCUGUAGGAGUCUUGAAAAGAGGUGAGCUCCACUUGACACCACUUCAUAGUAUUGUUCAACUGAAACCAAGCUUUGGAUAUCUUGACAAGGCUGAUAGUAAGGUCAAGCAAGAAAAGAUGGAGGUUGAUGCUGGUGGAGACUCUCAGGAUGAAGAAGAGGUCAAGCCGGUCACUGUCCAGAUGGUCAGACAUGAAACUGACCAGGCCAAAGCCAGACGUCUUGCCUCCUAUGAGUAUCAUGCCAAAAAGAUGGCCGAGGAACAAUGGAUUCACAUCCAUCAUAGAGCUAUUGAUGACUCCAGAUCAGAGAGAGAAAGGGAUCAUCUGUAUUGCCAGGCCAUGGAUAGUGAGAUCAAUCAACUGUCACUGCCUCCCAAAGAAUAUUUAUCAUCUUUAAUUCCUGAGAUGGAAGAGGAUGCCCUUACCAAACCAAACAUGCCUGUCAACAUUCUAUCUAUGUCACAACUCAAGACAAUGUCAUUACCAGAUCAAGUGAGGGCUCUCCUCAGAAAUGCCAAAGUAAUUCGUUUCUCGCAGUUGAUGAGUAUCUUACCGGGUAGUUAUGACCAGGUGUCUGUCUUACGAGCUCUUCAGAUGGUGGCAUUGCUGGUUCAAGGUUGCUGGGUCGUUAAGAGUGAGGUGUUGUACCCCAAGGAUACUUGUAGCCCCAUUAGUGGAGUAUCAUCUGAGAUCCUAUGUCGAGGAAGAGAUUAUGUGAUGUGGAGAUUUACUCAGAGUCGAUGUGUAGUAAGGAAAGAGGUAGCCUCUGUAACCAAGUUGCAAGCAGAAGACACCAAGGAGAUUCUUGAACAGAUGGCCAAACCCAAGGUCAACCAAGGUUGGGAAUUCCUUCACGAGUAUGACAGGGACUUUGUUGAUCGCUUCUCAGAAGUCUAUCAACGCCAGCUCAUGCUAUGGCAGGCUAAGCUCCAGCAGAUUUCAAAGGUGUUGAAAAUUCCCAAACAUGAAACAGAGAAGAAAGGCAAAGUGAGAAAUGAAGUUGAAAUCAUAUCUGGUUCUGAGCGAGUGAAGACUGCCCGUAGCAGAGCUCGUACCAAGUCAUCUUCGAUGUCAGACUCCAGCCCAGUUAAGUCAUCCUCAACUCAAAACACAGAUGUGGCAAAUCACGUCAUAGACUUAGACACUUUCACUCCUUCCCAGCAUCCCUCACGUAUACCUACAAUAGUAUCUCUGGAGGGAAAUACACACAUGAAUUCGGUUGCCGAGGGAAACAUCACACGAUCAAGCUCCACCAGCAAUACUCAAUCAACCAAUGGGGGUGCAAGGGCGCCGGAUGAUGGUGGUGGUGAUGGGGAUUUGAAAACAGAACUUAGAACUUUCUUAGAUGAUAUCUUCCAGGAACAUUCCAUUUUGAGUGUGACACAGAUGAGAAAGCUUUUGAUGGGGAGAUUGACUGAAUGUACUCCAGGUCAUGUGUUGGGAUCAGGUGUCAGCGAUCAGCUGUUAGAAGAAUGUGCCCGGGAAACAGGUGGAACUUUGCUUCAAGUUGCAUGGCCACCUCAGUAUAAUGAUAUUCAAGAUAAGAGAUUAUUUUGUAGAACAGCUCUAGGUGAAUCACAAGACAAGUUCCGCGGGGUAAUCCUUGAUCUGUUUCGAGAGAACUUCAAAGUGAGAAAGACCCACAUCUUGGAGCAGUGCAAAGAAAUAUUGGGCGAGGAACCGUCCAAUAAAGCAGAAUUUGAUAGGAUUCUCAAAAAUGUUUGCGUUUUCAAGAGCCCCCAUUGGUACUUAAAAGGAUCCAUACCACACUCAUGACGAAGGCUGCACACCUAGAUGCUAAUUUUUAUUUUAAUAUGAAGUGAAGAUAGUGAUCAUUUUCUACGUAUAAUCAGCUCUUUAAUAUGAUCUGUUUACUAGGCCUAUUGUUUACUGCUGAUUUCCUUUUGGAGAUACAAUAGACUCUGAAUAACUUGACCAUUCAUCAUCCUCUUUGUUAAGGCAUAUAUGUUGAUUUCAUCUUCAAAGUCUAAUAUUGCCUUUUAAAGCCAAACAGAUAUUUGUGGUUCACCUUGUUUCAUUUAGACUGUAGACUAAAUGUGCUUUAUUCUACAAGUGUGAAAAUGAAAAUAUACUCCAAAACAUGCUACAAGUUAGAGUAAACAGGGCCAUUAUGUUCAUCUCUAGAAUGAAUGAUUAUGGAAUAAGACUCUAUGGCCUUUAGGCCUUUAUGUAUGCUAUAGUUUACCUAUUGGUAGCCAAAUGUAAUGCAAAUCUUGAUGACUUGAUAGUCAAUUUCAAUCAAUUCAAAACCACCAACUAGUAUUGAUUUUCAGUAUUUAGAGAAGAAAACUGAUGGUUUCAUGCACAACACUGAUUAUGCAUGAAACCAGUUUAUGUGUUGUCCUUAUUGUAUUUCUUUGAAAAUAGAUUAUAAUAAAUGUAUUAAAUGAUAAGUUUCCCCCAUCAAAAUACUGAAUGCCAGCUUAUAAAAUACUUCUUGUUCAGGUUGACAGCUCUGCUUAAUAAUCCUAUUCAAAUUAUUUGAAAAUUGACCAAACACAUGAAGUUUUGACAUAUUGGCCGUGAUUAUAGCCCAGAUGUAGACUAGACCAUGGUUUGAGUAACGAUUUAAGGGCUUAUUUUCUUCUAAUGAACAGGUUAGUGUAUUUCUUGUAUGAAAUUUUUCGCAUGAUUUAGUUAGAUUUUAGUGAAACCUGUAUCUUAAGUCCUCACUAGGGAGAAAAGAAAAGAGAAGAUGGUCUUUACGGAAAGGUUUUUGUUUCAUAUUUUUCAGUUGAGAAAAGAAUGCAUGAGAAAUUAAAAUUUUAGUCUUCAUACAGUCCUUUUAUACAGUUGGCUGCUUAAGCAGGUUUUACUUUACAUCAAUCAUAGUGUCAUAAUCUUGAUCAUUUUCCAAAUUUUUUUCCUAACAGAGUCUGAUUUAAUAUCCCAAAAUAGGUCAGUUUUUGUUACAAUUAGAUUUCAUCUUGAGGUGCUGCGUAGCCCUACUCUGUACUACGAUGCUAUUCAUGCACUCAUGUAUAUUAAUAUGUUCUGAGAGUACCUGUAUUAAGAGCUGGGGUAGCUCUAGUUAGACACAUCCAUUAUACAGUGCUUACAAGAUUUGUUGAAAGUAAGUUACUCUUUAAUAUAUGUAAGUAUCAGGGAUGCCAACCGUCCCGUUCUCCGUAUUUUCUACGGAUUGACACAUAUCACUCCACAAAUACGGUGUACAAACAAAUAGUUCCGUUCAAUGAAAAUUCCAAUAACUUUUUCAAAGCGUUCCAAAACUAAGAUCACUUCUUCAUUAUUAUCAUGAUUAUACCGUAUUUGCUUUUGUAAUUCCUUGAUUCUUUUGUAACAUUGCUUUUUUUGUUGAUUUUAUGUGUGUUUUUAUGCCUUUUUGUAAAACAUUUGUCAAUUCAGCUUAACAAGCUGCAAUCAUUUGUUUUAAUAAAUCUUGAAUCUUGAA